GGGUUGUGUUGAUUUGUGUUGAUUUCAUUUUUCCAAAUCAUCUCUCACAUCUCUUGGAAUCAUGGCUAACACUGCAACGAGGUCUUUCCUGCAAGUGGCGGUCACGGAGGAGGCCACGCCGCCGCUCAGAGUCGUCCAGAUCGAAGGACUGGUUAUUCUGAAGAUAAUUAAGCACUGCAAGGAGUUCUCGCCGGCUCUGGUUACUGGGCAGCUGCUUGGUUUGGACGUUGGUAGUGUUCUCGAAGUCACUAAUUGCUUCCCGUUUCCGAUCCGUGAGGAAGAUGAGGAGGUUGAAGCUGAAGGUGCUAAUUAUCAGCUGGAGAUGAUGAGAUGCCUAAGGGAGGUUAAUGUAGACAACAAUACUGUUGGUUGGUAUCAAUCAACUAUGUUUGGCUCUUUCCAGACAGUGGAAUUGAUAGAGACUUUUAUGAAUUACCAGGAAAAUAUAAGAAGAUGUGUAUGCAUCAUUUAUGACCCUUCAAGAGCUAAUCAAGGUGUCCUAGCGUUGAAGGCACUGAAGCUUUCUGAUACAUUCAUGGAGCUUUAUCGCACAAAUAACUUCAAAGGAGAGAAGUUGAGGGAGAAAAAUCUUUCCUUUGUGGAUAUUUUUGAAGAGAUUCCUAUCAAGGUUUCAAACUCUGCUCUAAUCAGCGCAUUUAUGACUGAGCUCGAGGCAGAUACUCCAGUCACACAGUGUGAUUAUGAUAGACUGCAUCUCUCAACCAGUCCCAUUUUAGAGAGAAAUGUGGAGUUUCUAAUUGAAUGCAUGGAUGACUUGUCAAUGGAACAACAAAAGUUCCAAUUCUACUACAGGAAUCUGUCUCGUCAAGAAGCACAGAAGCAGGCCUGGCUUCAGAAGAGAAGGGCUGAAAAUGUUGCGCGGAAGAAUGCAGGGGAAGAGCCAUUACCUGAGGAGGAUCCCACAAACCCUAUCUUCAAGCCUAUUCCCGAGCCAUCAAGAUUGGAUAGUUUCCUCGUAACAAAUCAAAUUGCAAACUAUUGCAACCAAAUCAAUGGAGUGGCUGGACAAAGCUUUAGCAGACUGUAUCUGAUGAAGGCUCUUCAUGAGAAGUAAACGCGGUCUUCUAUCGCCACUCGUGGUUUUGUAACUUAGCAGACGAGUUUACCUAUUUUUAAGGGACGGAGAGAGAUUAUCAUUUCUGUGAACGUGGACAAUCAUAACAUACACUUGAUGAUUUUAGUUAAAUUGAAUAUUCUCACUCUA